CGUAGAUAGGUACUUUAUUAUCUGUAUCUAGGUAUGAAAGAGGGUUUCUUCUUACAAAGGUACCAGCUAGAUACAUGGUGGCUCCUUAUGGUGUCGGUACUCAAGUCGGAAUGAGUCACGACCAACUUUACACUGCCCACACUUGAGAACUCCAUGCACCAAACUUUCUUCGCUUCAUCUCGCAGGUUGCUUUGCUCAGCUUGUUCCCGAGCAACGCGACCACCAAGGCGAUCCAUGCUAGGCUUGCAGUGUAGGCCUAACCGAACCAUCUCUAGCGGUCGUAUCGCCCAGGAGCUCGUUUUCAACAUGUCCGCCCAGGACAGCAAGCGAAGCGGGGUUCAACUCAAGACGCCCAAAGGAACCCGGGACUGGGCAGGACUGGAUAUCAUCCUUCGUGAGGAUAUCUUUCAAACCAUUGGCGACAUUUUCAAACGCCAUGGUGGUACGCCUCUUGACACGCCCGUUUUCGAACUAAAUGAGAUUCUCUCAAACAAGUAUGGAGAGGACUCGCGUCUCAUCUACCAGCUGGAGGACCAAGGGGGAGAGCUCUGCUCCCUGAGGUACGAUUUGACGGUUCCUUUGGCCCGUUGGUUGGCCAUGAACACGGUACAACAAAUCAAGCGAUACCACAUUGCAAAAGUCUACCGGCGAGACCAGCCCUCAAUGGCUCGCGGCCGCCUGCGCGAGUUCUUCCAAUGCGACUUUGACAUCGCCGGCGAAUACGAUCCAAUGAUCCCUGACUCCGAAAUCAUCUGCCUGAUUAUAGAGGUAUUCGAGGGCCUGGGCCUCGGAAAGGAUAUCACGGUAAAAAUCAACCACCGCAAAAUCCUGGACGGUUUGUUCGCGGUCGCCGGUGUAGCCGACCACCUCAUACGCCCUAUUAGUUCAGCCGUCGAUAAAUUAGACAAGUCGCCCUGGGAUGAAGUCAAGAAGGAGAUGGAGGAGAAGGGCCUCUCUUCGGAGGUUGCGGAUAAGAUUGGAGAAUACGUCAAACAUAGUGGGGGUCCCGAGCUCCUCAAAUCACUCCGGUCAGACGCGGCCAUCGCAACCAAUGACAAAAUCAAGGCUGGCCUGGAUGACAUGGACCUCCUCUUUCGCUAUUUGGGCGCCUUUGAGGUGGCUGAUAAAGUGUCCUUCGAUCUUUCGCUCGCUCGUGGCCUCGACUACUACACCGGAUUGAUUUUCGAGGUUGUUUUCAAUGCACCCAAAGGCGCCUCGAAGGACGAGCUCUCCCGUGUUGGCAGCAUUGCAGCAGGCGGUCGUUACGACGAUUUGGUCGGCAUGUUCGGCAAGCGUCAAAUUCCGUGCGUCGGCGUGUCUUUUGGCGUGGAUCGUAUUUUCACUGUCCUGAAGGCCCGUCAUGGAGCGGAGAAGGAGAAAGAGGCCUCGGCACGUAAGACGGAUGUAUACAUUAUGGCCUUCGGUGGCAAAACGUUCGAUGGCCUACUCCUUGAACGAAUGGCCCUAGCGCGAGAGCUGUGGAAAGCUGGGAUCAGGACUGAGUUCUCGCCCAAGGUGAAGCCAAAACUUCCGCAGCAGUUCAAGGCUGCUGAAUCCGCUGGAGUCCCUCUUGCGGUAAUCCUGGGCGAAGGCGAGCUGGCCGCUGGGCAAGCUCGACUCAAAGUUUUGGGCCAGGCUGAUAAAGAUGGCGUAGAAAAGGAGGGACGGCUACUAGCCAAAGCAGAUUUGGUGCCCGAAAUCAAAAAGUAUCUAGGGGUUGUAUGAUCCUUAAAUAGACCAGCCUUAUACAACCAAUCCCCCGACGUCAUAUCCUAUAUAAACCUGCAUUAAUACAACGCUCUUAGC